AUGCAAAGCCACUGCCAUCUAUCGAGCCCCCGCGAGCAACGACACUGCGACCAUCUAAUGUUUGACUUCAACUCUCGCUUUUUCGACGCUCGACGCCAGAACUUGUCGCUCAGCCAUUUGUCGCCUCAUGAGGCCGGCCGACACGGCUUGGCUGCAAUGCGCAGCUUUCUUGACUUCCAAAUGGAACUCGAUCGCGCAGACGCGACCCAGAUCAACUUGUUGAAGGCGGCUCUCAUGGUGGCGCUGGAUCAAAACAUCCCCCAGACGCUUGAUCGUCUGGAUUCUGUGGUUGCGAUGGUCCAACGCCAUAUGAAACCCGGCUUCGGGCCGGAGGAUACCGUCCGCUGCAUCAACAGCGUACUGUACGACUUCUACCGUUUUUCUGGAUCCAAAGAGCGUUUCCAUCACCCGGAAUCGUCCUCCCUGGCGCGAUUGCUGCAAUACAAGACGGGGGGACCAACUGCCUUGGGUGUGUUGUACAUCGCCGUAGCGGAGAGAGUGGGGCUUCGUGUGGCCGCCGUGUCGUUGCCUUCGCACUUCCUUGUAAAGGCCCUGGAUCUGGGUUCCGAAACCAACCCGGUCUUUAUCGAUCCGUACAACGGCGGCGCAUUGUACGAUUUCGCCGGCGUCGCGCGGCUGCUGCAUGCGAAUUUGCACCUGCCGCAGCCGGAGGAGCUGUCGGCGGCGGCAGCGGCUCGCGCGGCGCUAGAGGGCGCCGUGGGGAUGUACACUGUCAGCACAUCGGCGGCGCCGUCGCCUGGCGACGGCGACGGCGGUUUGAGUUUUUUGCGGAGCUUGGGGAUUAAGAACGAUGACAAUAAAGAAGAAGAUGAUGAUGAAGAAGAGGAACUGGUGCCGAUGUACGAGCCGGUGAUGUACGGCAAAGGGACGAAUGAGCCGUGGUUUCGGCCGUAUUUGGAGCCUGUGGGCAAGGUGGAAAUUCUGAUGCGGUUGCUCCGGAACUUGCGUGAGGUGUUCUGGGUGCCCCUCAUGCGACAGCAGGUGGUCGAUGAGUCCCGGGUGUUAUGGCACGCACAACAAGCUCUAAGCGUGCUGCGUAUGAUGCGAGUGGCAGAACCGCACCACGAGGAGCACGUGGUUUCGGAGGCGUUAUGUCUGGCGGCGGCGGGGCGCCGUACGGAGGGAUGUGAGCUGCUGCGGACCUUCCUAGGCGACCACCCGGAGGCGCUGGGGGCGGUGCGGACGCUCUUCUGCUUGGAAGCGGAGGGCCGGGCGCUGGGGCGCCUGGCGGCCUUGCAGAAGGAGCAACGUGAUAAAGAGGCGGCGGAGGCGACGCGACAGCGCACGCUGCGAGCUCGGCUGGCGGGUCUAAAGGGCUUCAACGGUCGCGACCCAAAUGCCGUACUUAACGACCCGGCCUUCUUCAGCCGAAUGUACGACAGGCUGUGGGACGACAAUUACUGGAUUUCUGCGAUGCUGGAUCACCACGGCGUCGGUCUGCUGAUGAUUCCAGCAGGCGCGGCGAUGCAGGCAAGCCGGCAUGGCGUGUCGUACAACUCGUACGGUAGUCAGGUAUUUCUCGGUGCUGCCGAGCCUGCCUUCCAAGUCACCAAGGGUUGUGUAUACUGA